UUUGGGGACAUGGACAAGGCAUUCCUUUCUUUGUAGCUACAAAGUUCCUUGGAUAAAAAUCUUGGCAUAUCUCCUCUCCUAUAUAAACCUAUUCAUCCUUUAAUCCUAUCAGAAUCAUUCUACAACACUUAUUCUUUCUCAUCUUCAAAAGUAAAAAAGAAAAAUGCCAAUUUACUCCUCAGAUUCCGAUGAUGCACAUGCACCUUCAAUCCCAAAAAGAUUGUUUGGAAGAGAAAAGCCAUUGCAUUCCAUUUUGGGAGGAGGGAGAGCUGCUGACAUAGUGCUAUGGAGAGAAAAGAAUUUAUCAGCAGCAAUAUUAAUUGGAUCCACAGUGAUUUGGUCUUUAUUCGAAGUCGGAGAAUACAACUUUAUCACUCUUCUCUGCUAUAUUUUCAUGACUACUAUGUUAAUUUUGUUCGUAUGGUCUUCAGGGGCAGGCAUGAUUGACUGGAAUCCUCCUCAGCCAAUGACAAUCCCAGAAUCCACAUUCCGAUGGCUGUUUGCGGAGAUCAACAUAAUGUUAUACAAAUUUUAUCACAUUUCUUGUGGGCAAGAUUUAAAGACAUUCGCCGUGACAAUCGCGUUUCUGUGGAUACUAUCGGGAAUAGGGAACUACUUCAGCUCCUUGAACCUGUUGUACCUUGGAUUUGUUUGCGUGAUGACUUUACCGGCAUUGUACGAACGGUAUCAAGAUGAGGUGGAUUAUUUGGCGGGAAGAGGAAGCAGAGAUGUGAAAAAAUUGUACAGGAAAAUUGACCACAGAUUUCUUAACAAGAUUCCAAGAGGCCCUGUCAAGGAAAAGAAGAAAUAUUGAAUUGUAAUUUUAUAAUUUGAAAAUGGUGUGGUCAAUUUAAUUUGCGUUCGUCUCAAAAAAAAAAAAAAAAUUUGCGUUGGAUCAUUUAGUAUUUUCUUUGAAACUCUUGUACGAAUAAAGAUACUAUUUCUUUAUUCUUCAGUGAGUUUAUAGUGAAAUUAUGAUUGGAUUGAAUGAACUCCUUAAAAUGAAAAUAUUAAGCAUCUUGUUCUUCCUGUCAA